UGGCAUGACACCGGCAGGCGUACCAUAUUCAAUGGAUGACGAUCCUGUCCUAAGCAGCCUGAUUUAGACUUCUCCCAAAGAAUGAUAGGGAAACAAAAAAACGCUCAUUUUCAACUUAUUUUUAUAAAUAUUCUUGUAAAUUAAUUUAAAUGCUGACACUGCGUUUCAGGGUCAUCAACAUGUUGUGCCCCCCCUGCCCCAAAAGUUAAACUCCGCCUAUACCUGUGCGCUUUCAUUUCAUGCCACCUUUCGCCAGCAAAGCGGAAUUACAACAUGGGUGACUGGGAACUACUCGCUGUCAAGACCACUCUGGAGGAGUGACAGCAUUGGCUCGAGGGGUCGGAGCAACCUUUCGUUGUCUGGACUGAUAAAAUAUAAUAGAGUGUGAACAUUCUUAAUAAUAAACGAACAUAUUAAAAGCAUAGCAACCAUGAAGCUGAAAAGAUACAGUGGGGCAAAUAAGUAUUUAGUCAACCACUAAUUGUGGAAGUUCUCCCACUUGAAAAUAUUAGAGAGGCCUGUAAUUGUCAACAUGGGUAAACCUUAACCAUGAGAGACAGAAUGUGGAAAAAAAACAGAAAAUCACUUUGUUUGAUUUUUAAAGAAUUUAUUUGUAAAUCAUGGUGGAAAAUAAGUAUUUGGUCAAUACCAAAGGUUCAUCUCAAUACUUUGUUAUGUACCCUUUGUUGGCAAUAACGGAGGCCAAACGUUUUCUGUAACUCUUCAAAAGCUUUUUACACACUGUUCCUGGUAUUUUGGCCCAUUCCUCCAUGCAGAUCUCCUCUAGAGCAGUGAUGUUUUGCGGCUGUCGUUGGGCAACACGGACUUUCAACUCCUUCCACAGAUUUUCUAUGGGGUUGAGAUCUGGAGACUGGCUAGGCCACUCCAGGACCUUGAAAUGCCUCUUACGAAACCACUCCUUUGUUGCCCCGGCUGUGUGUUUGGGAUCAUUGUCAUGCUGAAAGACCCAGCCACGUCUGAUCUUCAUUGCCCUUGCUGAUGGAAGGAGAUUUUCACUCAAAAUCUCUCGGAUACAUGGCCCCAUUCAUUCUUUCCUUUACACAGAUCAGUCGUCCUGGUCCCUUUGCAGAAAAAACAGCCUCAAAGCAUGAUGUUUCCACCCCCAUGCUUCACAGUGGGUAUGGUGUUCUUCGGAUGCAUUUCAGUAUUCUUUCUCGUUCAAACACGAGAACCUGUGUUUCUACCAAAAAGUUCUAUUUUGGUUUCAUCUGACCAUAACACUUUCUCCCAGUCCUCUUCUGGAUCAUCCAAAUGCUCUCUAGCGAACCGCAGACGGGCCUGGACGUGUACUUUCUUCAGCAGGGGGACACGUCUGGCAGUGCAGGAUUUGAGUCCCUGGCGGCGCAUUGUGUUACUGAUAGUAGCCUUUGUUACUGUGGUCCCAGCUCUCUGUAGGUUAUCCACUAGGUCCCCCCGUGUGGUUCUGGGAUUUUUGCUCACCGUUCUUGUUGUCAUUUUGACGGCACGGGGUGAGAUCUUGCAUGGAGCCCCAGAUCGAGGGAGAUUAUCAGUGGUCUUAUAUGUCUUCCAUUUUCUAAGAAUUGCCCCCACAGUGGAUUUCUUUACACCAAGCGUUUCACCUAUUGCAGAUUCAGUCUUCCCAGCCUGGUGCAGGUCUACAAUUUUGUCUCUGGUGUCCUUCGACAGCUCUUUGGUCUUGGUGAUGGGAUAAAUGUAAUAUGACCCAGAGUGAAUCAGCAUAUUGUGAUGAUUCCCUUUGUGACUGUAUCAGCAUAUUGUGAUGAUUCCCUUUUGUGACUGUAACCUUGUUAUCUUCGCCACUUUGGUGCCUUUGUGAUGUACGAUUCCCUUUACCUUGUUUUCCUCGCCACUUUGACGUCUUUGUGAUGUGUGAUUGCAAAACGUGUCAAAACACGUGUAACAAUACCAUUGGGCAAAUGGCUCAUCUCAAAACACGUGUAACGAUACCAUUGGGCAAGUGGCUCGUCACCUGAGGGAAGGGACUGUCCAUCUCUGCUCUCAUGUGGUGCACCACUAUAAGAGCAGGGGAUUUUUCCCUCUUCGGUUGCUUCAGUCUGCUGUGGGUUUGCGUACGGACGCCCAGCUUGUAUUCCUCUGCAGCUCUACCUGGGUGUCGGCUCUCCGCCCGCUUGUCAACGGAUGUUCACAUCAGUGCUGCUGCUCCUGACGCUAUCAGGAUUGCAGGGUGCUCCCAUCGCACCCCUGAGAGGAUUGCCCAAGACAUCCAGGCCCUCUGAUGACUCUCAGCAGAAUGACAUCCUAGGACAUCUUCCUGGCUUCAAACAAGGUACUGAGCCCUCCAAGGAUUUCUUUGACCACGGCAUGGUGCAGGACCGCAUCGUCGAGAUAACCAGGAGGACAGGUUUGGACCAGAACCUUGUUGAAGACGAGCCAAAACACUGGCUGGCAGAAGAAGGUACAUCGGAAAUAAGAGUGCCCAUCGACGUGCCAGCACAGAGGAAUGGAGGUGGCUGGGUUCGAGUUGAGGAACCCUCUCAUCACCUUCCAGAUGGUUUCAGACAGGGAACAGAACCAUUCUUAAAGAUUCCAGAUGGCUUCAGACAGGGAACUGAACCCUUCUUAAAGAUUCCAGAUGGUUUCAGACAGGGAACAGAACCCUUCAUGCGGAUCCCAGAUGGUUUCAGACAGGGAACGGAACCCUUCCUGAGGAUUCCACAUGACUUCAGACAGGGAACGGAACCUGUCAUGCCAAUUCCAGUUGGUUUCAGACAAGAAACUGCACCAAUAAGUUCGAUCCCAGAUGGUUUCCGACAGGGGACAGAACCAUUCUUAAAGAUUCCAGAUGGUUUCAGGCAGGGAACAGAACCCUUCAUGCGGAUCCCAGACGGUUUCAGACAGGGAACAGAACCCUUCAUGCGGAUCCCAGACGGUUUCAGACAGGGAACAGAACCCUUCAUGCGGAUCCCAGAUGACUUCAGACAGGGAACGGAACCCGUCAUGCCAAUUCCACUUGGUUUCAGACAAAAAACUGCACCAAUAAGUUUGAUCCCAGAUGGUUUCAGACAGGGGACAGAACCCUUCUUAAAGAUUCCAGAUGGUUUCAGGCAGGGAACCGAACCCUUCUUAAAGAUUCCAGAUGGUUUCAGACAGGGAACAGAACCCUUCAUGCGGAUCCCAGACGGUUUCAGACAGGGAACAAAACCCUUCAUGCGGAUCCCAGACGGUUUCAGACAGGGAACAGAACCCUUCAUGCGGAUCCCAGAUGACUUCAGACAGGGAACGGAACCCGUCAUGCCAAUUCCACUUGGUUUCAGACAAGAAACUGCACCAAUAAGUUCGAUCCCAGAUGGUUUCCGACAGGGGACAGAACCCUUCUUAAAGAUUCCAGAUGGUUUCAGGCAGGGAACCGAACCCUUCUUAAAGAUUCCAGAUGGUUUCAGGCAGGGAACCGAACCCUUCUUAAAGAUUCCAGAUGGUUUCAGACAGGGAACCGAACCCUUCAUGCGGAUCCCAGACGGUUUCAGACAGGGAACCGAACCCUUCAAGCCAAUUCCAGUUGAUGUCAGACAGGGACGGGCAGUUGAAAACAAAAAGGGACAGCGCCAAUCACAGCCAUGUAAAGGGGAGAUCAUUUACGGGAAGUGCUAUGAGUUUAACCCGACAAGAUUGGCUUUUAAAGAUGCUCAGGCUUUAUGUAAGUCUCGUAACAAACAAGCUGAGCUGGCAUCUAUAACUAGUGUGGACCUUCAUUCCCGCCUGGCUUCUAUGGUUACCAGUAGUGGUGAACACAGCCCACAUUUGACAUGGCUGGGGGCUACAGUUAAGAACCAGCAGGCCUCGUGGCUCGAUGGUUCCGAGAUGAAUUACAGCGACUGGAUGCCGGGUCAGCCCAACAUUCACACAGACAAGCCUGUUUGUGUGGAGAUGUUCAAGAUGGAUGAAAGCUGGUGGACGGCUGCUGACUGCGACCUAAAGAGAGCAUCCAUAUGCUCUUACCCGAUUGCUGCAUAAAUAUCCACAACUUGUUCUUGACAUCACACCAGCACAUUCUAAUGCUGAUUAAAACUUGAC